AUAUUUAACGGACAGUAAAAUAUUAUUUUUUAGUACAUUUCUUCGUUUGUCAUUGUUAUCACUGUUUUAAAUUUACAAAACGUACGUAUAUUGGUGAAAGAACAUUUCGGGAGAAAGCGGAAGUCGUGUGUUGUCAUGAGACGCGACACCGACUGGUCGCUUUAGGGGAGGAGGAGAAACGCAACAGUUCAUAAUGCGGCGACUGCCCUUGCGUAAGUUUGACAGCGUGAAACGAAGUAGUCUGUGUUAGCCUUCCUCCCGGGGUCUCGUUCACCGCUUUCCAACGUGUCCGGAAUGGUACUGAAGGAGCUCAACAUGCUAAGCUAAGAGAUGGGACUAACUUUAGCUAUAUCGAUAAAAGUGUGUUGGUAGCGCCACUGAAAAACUUGUCUAGUGUGUCAACUAUGAGCGCCUCAGAGGAGGACAACGAUCCUGGGGACCAUGUCCAGGAAGAAACCAUCCCCACGGGAGACAACAAGCAUGACUCAGCCAUGUGCUCAGGGAGCAGCAGCAACGAAAUCAAGAGCCGCGCUGUGGUCAAGUACUGCGCCGCCCCACCUCCCAGCACGUAUGCCCUACUGCAGGAGAAGACCGACCUCAAACUGCCUCCUGCCAACUGGCUGAGGGAGAACCCCCAGCUGGGCACCGCUGGUACCACUGUCCUGGGUUCCAGCAGCAAGGGCAAGCCAUUUUCAAGUUUUGGGAUGGCGUAUGAAUUUAUCGACUGCAUCGGCGAUGACGUCGACGUCGUAUCAGACUCAGAGAACAUCAAGAAGCUGUUGAAAAUCCCGUACAGCAAGUCUCACAUCAGCAUGGCCGUUCACCGCGUGGGUCGUACCCUCCUUUUGGAUGAGCUGGACAUCCAAGAGCUCUUCAUGAGGUCCUCUCAGACGGGAGAUUGGACGUGGUUAAAGGACUUUUACCAGCGGCUCAUGGAUCAGAAGUGGCAGAGAAAAAAGAAGAGCAAAGAGCACUGGUAUCAGAAAGCCAUCUUAUCCAAGUUCCUCUACUACAGUAUUAAUGGGGAUUGUGCCGCCGAGCCCGUUGCGGACAACCUGAACGACGACGAGGAUUGCGGGUCGCAGGAAUUUGGCUCGUCAUGGCCCACCACCUUCACCGGCUCUGACGCUGACGAGACGGCUGCUUGUAAACAGGAUCGCGUGCCCAUAGACAGCAAAUUUGCUCUCGGGCAGGUGACGUCGGUGCCCCAAGAGCAAAACCUCCCAGCGCUCUUUAAUGAAGGAGAAAAUAGUCAGGGUCUGAGGAACGACUUUGUGCGAAACAUCAUGUGGACCUUCGAGGACAUCCACAUGCUGGUUGGCUCCAACAUGCCGAUCUUCGGAGGGGGCCGCUACCCGGCGGUCAGCCUCAAACUCAGGGAUAACAAUAAACCCAUCAAUAUCCUGACAGGUAUUGACUACUGGCUGGACAAUCUGAUGUGUAACGUUCCUGAACUGGUCAUGUGCUUUCACGUCAACGGUAUUGUUCAGAAAUACGAGAUGAUCAAAACGGAGGACAUCCCCCAUCUGGAGAACUCGACUUUUUCCACCAGGGUGGUGAAAGACAUCGCUCAGAACAUCCUCUCUUUUCUCAAGUCCAACUGCACCAAGGAGGGUCACACGUACUGGCUUUUUAAAGCGAGCGGGAGAGACAUCGUGAAGCUUUAUGAUCUUACGACACUGUGCGAGGAAGCCGAAGAGGAGAAAAGCCACAAUCCUUUCACGCUCCCCGUGGCUGUGUUGCUUUACAAGGUGGCAUGCAACCUGAUGCUCAAGGCCAGAGAAAACAGAAAGCACUACGGCACAAUACGAACUCUGCUUUUAAACUGCGUCAGACUUCUGGACCAGGACAGGCACCCUCAGAUCAUCGCCUCGGCCCACUACAUGCUGUCAGAGCUCUUCCAGCUAGAUGAGCCUCAGGAGGACGACGAGGACGGAGGAGAGUCGUUCCGAGGCUGCGGCUCGGAGGACAGCUACAGUAACGACGACCGCGAAGAGGACGACGAGGACCUGGAGGUGGAGGAGGAGAGCGACGACAGUAGUUCGGAGAGGAACAGCCGAGCGCGGGAUGACAGUAAAGCUGUGGCUGUCAUCCGCUCUGUCGGAGAGCUGUCGGUCCCGGAGAAAUACAAAUCUACUCAGCUCAUUCGACCAGGCUGUGCUUUUCCUGUCUCGCAAGAUAAAGAGGAGCGAUGCAGACAUGUCCUCAACUACGUGUUAAAGGGGCUGAAGGCAGUAGAUAGCAGCAUUAAGAGGGAGAGUGACCUCCCAGCUGUGGACCCCAAUACGCCCAUCCCUCUCAAGUACGAAGACAGGAGCGCCAGCAGAAACUGCGCCACGGAGAAAGGCAUCUCUCCUCUCCUUGAAAGAGUGGGGCCCUUCCACGCGGACCAGAAACACCCGACGCGCUCGGGCAUGAUUCCCGGCUCUUGGCAGCACCAGAUGAAGCUGCAGCUCUUCCUCAAGGCCUCCAAGGCGUACUACGUGCUGUCCGACGCCGCCACCAACCUGCUGAAAUACGGACGGGCGUUGCGUUAUAUCAAACUGUCUCUGCAGAGCUACGAUGCGUAUUGCACCAUCGGCGGCGUGCUACACCCGCAGGUGCUGCUGUUUCACAGCCACGGCCUCUCGCUGUGUGGGGACAUCCAGCUGAUGUUGGCCCAGAACUCUGACAACAGGGCUGCGUACCAGGAGGAGUACAGCUACCAGACCAAAGAGGACCAGGAGAUCUUACACAGCCUGCACAGGGAGAGCAGCUGCCAAGCUUUCAACAUGGCAACUGACCUGGCCACGGACCUCGAGUACCAGCUGUUUGUGAGCAGCAAGUGUUACGAGGCCGCCUACGAGCUGCUCGUCUCCCACGCUUUGAAGGAGGAGGCGUCGGACCAGCUGGCCCAACUGCUCAAACGGCUCGGGAACAUCCGCAACGAGAUGGGCGUCUACUACAUGAACCAAGCGGCGACCAUGCAGACGGACCAAGAGAAGAGCUCGGUGUCUGUCGCCGAGCAGGAGGUGUGGAAAAAGAGCUUUGCCUUUUUCGAGAAGGGCAUGAAGGACUUUGAAGCCAUAGGGGACAGCACCAACAAAGCGCUGCUGCUGUGCAACACGGGCAAACUGAUGAGGAUCUGCGCCCAGGCCCACUCGGGCGUGGUCUCCGUGGACGACAGCAGGGGCGAGUUCUCCCCCGAGGAGGCUCUUUACUACCACAAGGCUAUAGACUACUACCUACGUGCGAUGAGGUCGUUGUCUUGCCGAGAGAACCACCAGCCAGUCUGGGACAGUGUGAACUGGGAGCUGUCCACUACGUAUUUCACACUGGCAACACUUCUGCAAGACUACGCGCCGCUGUCCAGGAAGGCUCCGGAACAGAUUGAGCGGGAAGUAACAGAGGCCAUGAUGAAGUCGCUCAAGUAUUGCGACCUGCACACAGAGUCUGCGCGUCAGCCGCUGUACCAGUACAGAGCGGCCACCAUCCACCACCGCCUGGCCUCCAUGUACCACAGUUGCUUCCGCAACCAGGUGGGGGACGAGCGCUUGAGGAAGCACCACCGGAGCCUGGCGGAGCUCCACUACAGCAAGGCCGUGCAUUUGUUCCUCAGCCUCAAAGACGCGCCGUGCGAGCUGCUCCGCGCACUGCUGGAGAGGGUGGCCUUCGCCGAGUUCACCAUGGCAGCUCAGAACAGCACCACGGCCAAGCAGAAGAGCCUGACUGCAGCUCUGGAGAUCAUGGCGGAGACUCGCUGUGCCUUCCAGAUUAUUCACAAAGAACUGCUUGAGGAGCAGAAAGAGGGAGGCGACGCAGCUCUCCCGCCGGCUUCGGGCGGCCCCCCGUCGGGAGGUCUCAACUUCCAGGAGGUGACCAAACUGACCGUUCUGUUUGAGUCUCGCUUCUCCGACCUGCUCCUGCAGCUCAUCAAACUCAUGCUGAAAACCAAACGCAAACCCAGCAAAAAGGACGAAGAGCUCCUGCAAAGCUACAAGAAGGUUUACUCCAAGCUGCUGCGCUGCGACAAGAACACGCCUCUGCUGGCCCGCCUUCUGCUCUACGUCGAGCUGCUGCGGCAGCUCACGCCCGACGCCGAAGACGACGGCGCCGACACGUUAUCUUGACGGCACUUUACAAGGAAAUUAAAAGCAGGCUCCAGCGAAAGGACAAAGGUGACGCGGCUCAGUGACUCACUCUCGUGGUGUUGUUGGUGUGACGACCCGGAGACUGUUGAGGAGUACUCGUGGAACAGCAGCCGCUCCCGGACCUUCGGCGCCGGACCCCUGGCGCGGGAACCCGGCGGCGGGCGGAUCGGCGCCGCACGCUUGUCGCUAGGGAUCAAAGAAGUGGACCCGAGCCGUCCGCAUGGCGCGCCACCUGUGGGGGUCAUUGGGAAAAUUCAAAGUCACGUUCACAGCUAUGAACAAUUUAUAGUGAACAAGAAGAAGUCCCGAGCAGAAAUUCGAAGCCAAGCUGAAAUGGAUUCAAAAUUGUAAUUUUUGAACUCAUUUCAUGUAAUUCGGGAUCGCGAUUUUGACCCACAAUUACCGGCUGAGUAACAAUGACAUUAGCACCACACAAGGUUUUCAUGUAAAAAAAUUUAAUUCAUUGAUUGUGUGCCUGUAAUUUUUUUUGGUUUUAAAUUUUUAUUUUCUUUACAUUUUAGGUUAAGUUUUUUAUGUCCACAUUUAGUCUUAAUUUCCCUUUUUUUGGUUUGUCUUGUUAUACUUUUAAUUGUAUUUUUUCAGGUAUUUUUUUUCUUUAUUUUGUUGUAAUUUUGUUUUAUUUUUGCGGUGAUUUUAUUUUGUGUGUUAUGUUUUUGUUUUGUUUAUUUUGGUUUGAUGAAAUUUGUUUUAUUUUUGUGAAUUAGAUUUAUUGCAUUUUAUUUUUCCAUUUCAUUUAUUUAAUUUGUUUUUCGUUAUAUCAUGCUUCAUUUACUUGGGUUUCAUUUUGUUGCAAUUGUAAUUUUUUUCUAAUUCACUUCUUCAAUGUUAGUUUGUUUUUGUCAUUUUAAUAAUUUUUUAUAACUUUUUCAAUUUUAGCUUUGUCAUUAUUUUAAUGAUUUCUUAUAAUUUUUUACCAUCACUUUUUCAAUGUGAGUUUGUUUUUGUCAUUUUAAUUUCGUUAUUUUUUUUACCGUCACUUUUUCAAUGUUAGUUUGUUUUUAUGUCAUUUUAAUAAUUUCUUUAAUAGUUUUUUCUCUGUAAUUCUAUCUCCUGGUUAUUUGUAUUUUGUUGUUGUUGUGAUUUCAAUUUGUUCUCCAUCUGUUUGUCUC